GUGGUGACGCGGCAGGCGGGCAAUGAGUCAGCGGUAGCGACAAUUUCUCCGGACGUGGAAGUACUGAUCUCACUGUAAAAAUACUCGCUCGUCCCAGUGCGUUAACUGAUUUUGCGUGGAAAAUGGCGGUUCCUGCAGCCCCAGAUCUGCAGAUGAUCACAGAAACACAAAGCGGCCCAGUGAAUAAUCCAGAAAACAGUAUUGAUAUCGACGAGAGAGAAUUGGAAAACAUAACAAACGAGGAAGACGGAACAGCGCUUCCCUUGCAUUCUCCAUGGACUUUUUGGCUUGAUAGGUCUUUACCAGGGACAACAGCAGCAGAAUGUGAGUCAAACCUGAAAAAAAUCUACACUGUGCAGACAGUUCAGUGUUUCUGGAGUGUUUACAACAAUAUCCCUCCAGUGAACUGCUUACCACUGAGGUGUAGCUAUCACUUAAUGCGUGGGGAACGGAGGCCGCUGUGGGAAGAAGAAAGCAAUGCAAAAGGAGGCGUAUGGAAGAUGAAAGUUCCAAAGGAGAGCACUGCUGCUGUUUGGAAGGAAUUGCUACUUGCUACCAUUGGAGAACAGUUUGCAGAUUACUGUGCGUCAGAAGAUGAAGUCGUUGGGGUCAGUGUCAGUGUUCGAGAUCGAGAAGAUGUAGUUCAAGUCUGGAAUGGAAACGCCUCUUUUGCCAGUGAAGCAAAUGUUUUAGGAAAGAUAUAUGAACUCCUCCCACACAUAUCUUUCAAAGCAGUAUUUUAUAAACCUCACGAGGAGCAUCAUGCUUUUGAAGGGGGGCGUUCGAGACAUUAAUUGCUAAUGGUUUUACACCUGGUUUUUGUUUUGUUUUGCUGAUGGAUUGAGCGUAGAUAUUGGACUUUUCCCUUGCUUAAACACUACUCUUUCUCUUCCUUCAAUAAUCAUUUUACAACAUCUCAGACGUGGAAACAUUAGAGAAUGUUAGAUAUAUUUUUAUAGAUUUGGAUGGCUCAAAUUUCAAUCAACAGACUUUUUUUUGGUUAUAUGCACUGUGGAAAAUUUGAACACUUCAAACGGAGCUGACCAUAUAUGGUUCUCAUAAUGGUAUAGAUUAGCAAGUUUUACAUAAAUUGAUUUUGCCUUGUCCUCUCGCUUAUGUCAUUACUUUCAGAGGUUUGUUCUCUAGAAAGGAGACAAUGCCUUCUCUGAAUGCAAUGCCUCAACACUCUCACUGUCUCCUCCAUGGCUUCAUGCAUUCUACUAGAUGUAUCCUUGCACUUACCAAACAUAAAUGUCCUGCACCUGUUUUCAUGUGAACACUUUUUAUUAGUGAUUGUCCACUAUGUUGACAGUAUGCUAAAUCUGUUUAUUCUAUGUGUGGUACCAAGGGAUUUUACACAUUUGCAGUAAUACCUCCUCUUCAGGAGCCUAUGUGCAAUAGCAGCUGUGAGCGAUGCCCAUGUCAUGUCCAAGCUCUGUGAGUGUCAUGACGUCCACUUUGUUCCUUAAGAAAAAAAACAUGACUUACUGUAGUGAUACAUACACAGCGCAUUGCUGUAAUUAUUUUUUUUUACACUUAUAUUACGGUUCUUUUGUCUAAUAAAAUUUAAAUGGUAGGGACAUUGCACAGUAUCACCUUCAGUAUAGAUUUAGCUAUUUUUCUUUCUAAAAUUGUCAUUUAUAUAAUUAAUUUAAAACUGUGAAAUAUGUGCUUAUAACGAGAUUGGCAUUUGUUGCUAUUACUAUCUACCCCACUACUUUAGUAUUGUGGCUUUAAAUACAUCAUUUUAGAAAUUAUGCAGUAGAUUACAUAUACUAUGUAAAAUAUAUCACUUGGUCUUGUAUAUUUCUAGUAUUGAAAUACAUUGUGAUAAGUCUGAAGCAUUUAUGUGAAAUUGUUCAUGUUUAUAUCAUACUAGAUAUUCCCUUUUUGUUUGUUUUUAAUGUACUGUAUCCAUAGAUGGUAUUUAAGGGUGGAUACUACACAUAGAAUAAAUCAUUUAACUUACUGGAACGAACACAGAAUUUCCCCUAAUGUUAACCAGUCUGUGGGUUAUAUUGUUUGUUUGCUCCUGCUGUUACGUUUCUAUUACUGGAAGAUCAUGCUGCCCACUGCUGUGGAAUCGCUGACUUUUGUUCUGAAAUGGAAUUGUAUUUUUAAAUAUUUGUAUUUCAAAUAAAAGAAACGUGAUGGACGAACUUUCAAUGGACGAAUUUGACAAAACAAUUCUGAACAUCUGUACAUGUAACAUGAACAUAAAUUGGAAUAGAAUGUCCAUUUCUUUACUCUGUACCAAAGAGGUGACUCUUUUUUUUUUUCUUUUUCUACAUUGGGUGCAGAAUAAUCCAUGCCAGAGGCAAUGACUGCACGCUCACCCUGCCAAACUACUUACUAGGCCGCCUGUCUAGUUUAGCAAAUGUAUGUUCGUAAGAACAGUGGUAGACCGGUUUAUUGUGUAUAUUUGUAUAGUUUGUUCCUUUGGUUUUGUGUAGUCUGGACUUUUAAGAAAGUGUAUUUAAACAAAAGAAUUCUAUAACAUUUAAAUGUAUUCCUGAAUGUUGCUGGUGCAUUUUGUUUCAAGUUCUGUUGUCAAGGCAGAUAAGGUAAGUGUGAACCAGCCUGUUUUGUGACUCAGGCUGUCCAAUGUGAAAAUGCACUAAAGCACAAUGAUGUUAUCAAUUAAUCACAUUUUAGGGAAAGACACAUCUGGCACAUACAGCAAAACCUUUUUUUAAUAGCAGUGUUUCCUAUGUUUUGAAACAUUUAACAAGAUGAGUGCAGGAAUGGAGUGAUGUUUUUCUUACAGUUCACAUCCUUCAUCUUGUAGUCCUGAUAGUCAAAUCUGAGACAUGCUGACUAUGUUUCUCUAUUAGAGUGGUGCCUUAAUUUCUCCCAGGAUUUUAAUCUUAGAAUGUGCUGCCUAUUCAACUCAUGUAAUCAGUUUUAA